AAUUAAACUCCCUUAAAUACGUACGAGGUGCCUGGAAAAAAAUUCCAGUUCAAGGUUGGGGUAUUUUUUCCCCUUUUGGACCCCAGCUUUGUGCUUUUCUCUCUCUCUGGAAAUUCUCUGAUGUAAUGGUUCCGUAUACGGAUGCUAUAAAAACGGCUGUGAUUGCGCCCAUCCCGGCACUGCAUCAUCCGAGGAGAAGCUGACAACGUCAAAAUACUCUUCUCAUCAUCACUCCCUGAAACCACUUUAUAAUUUUCUUGCAUCAUCAAAUUAUUUGAUUCUCCUGCAAAAAAAAAAGUUGCAUUAUGGCGAUCCCUUUUACCAACGGGCUGCACUGCCGCAAGUUCAUCGCUACAGACGAGAAUGAUAACUCCAUCUUCAAGAUGGGGAGUGAGACGGCCUACGCAGCUAGUCCGCCAGUAUGCGCCUGGGAUGAGACCUCCCCGACCGCAGCCGCCCACGCCGAGUCUGCCCCAAUUCCCCCCGGCUCUCGGGGUGGAAUUGCCGCCGCUGCCUCAACGCUUGGACGCGGUGCGGGGGCGUUGUUGGGAACUUCCUUGCUUCGUAUCUCUGUCUGCAUCACUGCUGGGGCCAUCUUCGGGUUGGCGAUGGAGAAGGGGCGAGUAUUUGAGCCCCUUCUCAUCCGAAACCAGAUGGACUUCAGCUCGAAUGUGAUGCUCAAGAUGUUCAUGGCCGCCGUCUCGGCAGUUCUCGUCUCCAUGUCGGCCCUCUCUGUGCUGCCAACCACUAGCCAGAGGUUCCAGCUGGCGAGGGAUAACUUUAUCUGCCGGUUGAGUGCCAAGGGCGUGGCGGCCUCAGUUAUCGGGGGAACUUUGCUGGGCAUCGGGAUGACCAUCGGAGGCGCUUGCCCCGGUGCUGUCCUUGUCCAGAUAGGUGCAGGAGUGUCCAAUGCAGGUUACACGCUCUUGGGCUGCAUUCUCGGGGCCACUCUCUAUGGACUGACCGAGCAAACAGUCUCUGGCUGGACACGACCCAAGAACCCUGCACAGAAAGUCCGGAUUGAUGAGAUCGUGGGUCUGCCCUUCUGGAAGGUAGCUCUCCCGUUUGGCAUUGCCUUGGCAAUGUUUGUCUACUUCCUGGAGGUGGUGGUGCCUUGGACCUCCGAUCUGACCGUGCCCAAUCAGAGCGAGGCCUCCCUGUUUGCACUUCGAAGCUGGCUGCCUUCAAUCUCUGGGGCUUUAAUUGGCUGUAUGCAGAUUCCGAUUGUUCUUGCAAUGGGACAGACCAUGGGUGGAAGUGGCAGUUACUGCACAAUGGCUGCGCAAUUGAUUCCAACGGGGACCCUGCGUAAUGUCUCACCGUACCUCCUGAGGACCAAGUAUGGCCUGAACAACUGGUGGUCGAUUGCGUAUGGUUGUGCAGCCAUAGCCGGAGCAGUCUUCUCCGCCAGUAUGGCUGGGGCUUUGGGCGACACUGAAGGAGUUUCUGCACUGCAUGCUUUCCUGGGUGGCAUCAUCAUGGUCUACGGCUCACGUCUGGCUGGCGGAUGCACUAGUGGUCAUGGAAUGUCCGGCAUGGGUACUCUCUGUCUGUUUUCUUUCGCCGCCGUUCCCGCCAUGUUUGUGGGAGGAAUCGGAACGCUGGCUACCAUGAAGUUGACUGGACUUGUGAAUUGAGUAAAGAAAAUGGCAAAGCUCUCUGAUAUUUGUUGGAAUUUUCAUCCCCCCCCCCCAAAAAAAAGCAAGGUCCCAAUUUUUGGAAAUGUUAAACAGAAAAUAUAGCUUGGAAAAAUUAAUGCGUUCAGCAGUAACCAGGUUAAGCUGUAAUCAUCUCAUGACUUUUCAGCUGUUGACCUACAUUUGCUAAAGCAAGUAUUUUCUACGCCUGGCAGCUUUCGGAGCUUAGUGCCUUCGUGAAAUUGGUCUGUUGAGUGCUGACAGAAAUGUUUAGGUGAUGAAAAAAAAAAUGGGUAGAUUUACCUCAUGUAUUCAGUAGAAAUUAUGGACUACAAUUAUGCAAA